CCAAACAAUAACACAAAAAGUUGCGUAUAAAUUAUAAAACUACAAUAGUAACUACUUUCUGCAACUACGUGUAAAAAAUUAAAUCAUAAAUGUGAAGUUCAUAAAUUUCGUUUAUCUUAAAACUAAAGUUAUAAUGGCUGACUACAAGGUACCUGUGUUUGUAAGUCCUCAGUCAUUAACUUUCAGUUUGGACGACAAAACAUCUCACAGACAAAUUAUCACUUUGUUCAACCCAUACGAUUUCCCAGUCAAAUUUAAAGUUUUUUGCACAUGUACAAAGAAAUAUACAGUUGUUGAACCAGAAGGUUCAAUAAAUGCGAGUUCUCGAGUGGACAUAGUAGUUAGACAUAAUGCUCCAGCUCCAGCUUUUUGUGAUAUCAAGGAUAAAUUCCGUAUACAAAUGCAAUAUUACACAACAAAAAAAGUUAUUGGUCACAAAGAUGUAGAAACAAUAUUGUUACGAUCUUCAGACAACUAUGAGCCAGCAGCAGAGAAUUUUAAACUACUAAAAAACGAUAGUUCUAUCGAUAACUUUGACAAUGAUUCUGAAAUAAGGCAAAGUUAUAAUAAAAAUUCUUCUGGUCCUAAUCUUACAACGUUGCUCAUGGCCGGUGUAUGUAUAUGUGGAUUAUUGUUACCAUCAUCAGAAGAUACAGAAAUUUUGAAAUUUCGUAUUUCUUUCAACCUCAAACUGGCAUUUGCUUUUGUUUUAGGUAUGACCACAAUAACGAUACUUCAACAUCACUGAGUAAUAUUUAACAGGACUCGCCAACUCGAAAAUGUUUUAAUCUCAAAAAGAAAAAAAAUGCUAAUUGUUUCAAAUGCGUUUCUAGUCUUCGAAGUCAAAACAUAUAUUUUACAAAAAUUAUUUCUUGUAAAACUAACUUAUUUUUAUUGGUGUAUGUAAAUAUUUUAUGAUGUUAGUAGGUUUGCGUGCUUUACAUUUAACAGCAAACUCCACCUAUUUAUUUAUUGAAUAGUUUUAAUAUAGUUAAACUUUUUCCAUGGUAAUUAUUUACAGACCAAAAUUUAAUAUAUAGUUUUAUGAAAAAGAUACUAUAACUGUAUCUGAAAGUGCAAAUAUUUUUUUUAUCUCAAC